GAGGAGGAGGAGGAGGACUUCAAAGGCCGCGGGUUGCUAUGGCAGCCGUCACUCAAGCGAUUUCCAUGGCAACGGGGUGGAGAGGAGCAGCGGGGUUGGCUUUGCUGAGCCGUUGGGGAGCCAGUCCCGGUUCCCCGCCCGGACGAGGUCGAGCGGCUUGGGUGACCCUGCGGCGGCCCUUUGGAUCCACGGCGGCCAUGGCGGCUCUCAAGGUUGGAGACAAACUUCCCAGCGUGGAGGUCCACGAGGGAGACCCCGGCACCAAAGUGAACGUGGCGACCCUGUUCAAAGGCAAGAAAGGCAUCUUGUUCGGGGUGCCUGGGGCAUUCACCCCAGGUUGUUCAAAUACCCACCUUCCAGGCUACGUGGAAAAGGCAGGUCAGCUCAAGGGUAAAGGCGUGGAAAUCAUUGCCUGCUUGUCCGUCAACGACGUCUUCGUCAUGAACGCCUGGGGAAAGGCUCAUCAAACCGAGGGAAAGGUGCGGAUGCUGGCGGAUCCAACAGGAGCGUUUGGGAAGGCCACAAACCUCUUGCUGGAUAAGGAACCGCUCCGAGAGCUCUUUGGGACCAACCGCUCUAAACGGUUCUCCCUGGUGGUGCAGGAUGGCGUGGUGACGGCCCUAAACGUGGAAGAGGAUGGGACCGGCCUCACCUGCAGCUUGGCCAACAACAUUGUAUCUCAGCUCUGAGCCCCGGAUACUUGGGUCCCAACCUGGCUCCUGUGGGCUGACGCAGCAUCUAGGAUUUGGCCUAAAUUAGUGCACUGGGAGGCAGUGCACUUUAUGCAGUUGCUUUAACCCUUUCGCUGUUGGCUCUGUUCUCUUGGGUAUAAACAGCUUGCAAUAAAACUAUCCUGGGUUGUC